CAUUUUUUUUUUGUAAGUUUCUUGAAAAUUUGAAACUCUUUUUUUUAUUUUGUUAUUCUUCUUUUCCUUUGGUUCGAUACGCGCUAAAAUCUCAGAUCUCAUAAGCUUUUCGAAGGAGAUCCAUAACCACACAAUGGCUUCAUAUAGAGCCGACGACGACUACGAUUACCUCUUCAAGGUUGUGUUAAUCGGAGAUUCCGGCGUCGGGAAAUCUAACCUCCUUUCUCGAUUCACGCGCAAUGAGUUCAGUCUCGAAUCUAAAUCCACCAUCGGUGUCGAAUUCGCCACACGUAGCAUCCAGGUCGAUGAUAAGAUCGUCAAAGCCCAGAUUUGGGAUACCGCCGGCCAAGAAAGAUAUCGAGCAAUCACAAGUGCAUACUACAGAGGAGCUGUAGGAGCGUUGCUUGUGUACGACGUUACAAGACAUGUGACCUUUGAGAACGUUGAAAGAUGGUUAAAAGAGCUUAGAGAUCACACAGAUUCAAAUAUCGUUAUCAUGUUCGUUGGUAACAAAGCGGAUCUUCGUCACCUGCGAGCUGUUUCAACGGAAGACGCUAAGGCUUUUGCGGAGAGGGAGAACACUUUCUUCAUGGAGACAUCGGCUCUCGAAUCGUUGAACGUUGAGAAUGCUUUCACCGAAGUGCUUUCUCAGAUUUACCGUGUUGUUAGCCGGAAAGCGUUGGAUAUAGGAGAUGAUCCUGCUGCUCUUCCCAAAGGACAGACCAUCAAUGUUGGUUCCAAAGACGAUGUCUCUGCGGUUAAAAAGGUUGGUUGCUGCUCCAAUUGAUGGUUCACCACUACAGUCAAGAAUCGAAUCGCUCUGUUCGAUCUUGUUUCUUUCUUUUUGUUGUUAAUAUAUAUGAAGAUCUUGUUCAUUUAUUUGUAAAAUCAUACACACGUAUAUUGAAAACCACUGCGUUGCCAUUUCAAAUGUAUAUCACAAACAACAUUUGAGUCGAGUUGAACCUCAAUGUACUCUGUUUCUGUAA